UUUUUUUAAAAUUUUGUCUGUGCCAGCGGUUCUUAUCACGACAUUUCGGUACAAAAAAAGAAACAUCUCCAUUGAUUUUUAUUUCAAUUUGCGUAUGUGUCAACUUGGAAAAACACCUAAAAUGUAGUAAGAAAAGAUAAUUUCCAAUUUUUAAUAUUUUUUAUAUUCACUCGCGAUGUCAUUGACCGAGUUUCUGGAUGUGGGCGAAAACUCGGUGUUAUUAUUUUCCGCAUUAUGUAUCGUGAUAAUCUCCGUGUUGAUCGUACCUUUGUUGAUAUUCAUCACAUCGGUUCCCUUCGCCGAAAUUAUUCGUCACGAGCAAGAAGAAUACUACAUGGAUGAAAAUCAAAGGCUAAUGAAAUUUCCAUCUAUCGAAGAUGACUGGAAGAUUCAUUUGAGCGUAGUUGUUCCAGCAUACAAUGAAGAAAAACGUCUUCCGCCGAUGCUGGACGAAUGUCUGUCAUUUUUAAACCAGCGACAAAAAGAUAACGCCGAGUUCAAUUACGAAGUUAUCAUCGUUAAUGACGGCAGUACCGAUAGCACUGCCUCGGUGGCAGCCGAAUACACAAAAUCGCAAGGAUCGGAAAAAGUACGCGUUUUGAAUCUAGUUAAAAACCGUGGUAAAGGAGGUGCUGUCAGAUUAGGCGUCCUUAGUGCCAGAGGAGCGGUUAUACUGUUCGCCGACGCCGACGGUGCUACGAAAUUCAGUGAUAUUGUGAAACUGGAAGAAGAACUGGAAAACGUCGUCAGCAGCAGCUACCUCAAAUCACCCGAACAAGUUGAUCAAAAAUUAGCCAUCGUUUGUGGCUCGAGAGCUCAUUUAGAGCAAGAGGCUGUCGCUAGUAGAUCUUUUUUUCGCACAAUACUUAUGUAUGGAUUUCAUUUCUUAGUUUGGAUGUUUACUGUUAGAACUAUCAAAGAUACUCAAUGCGGGUUCAAACUGUUUACGAGAGAAGCCGCCACGCAGUGUUUUUAUAACCAACAUGUUGAAAGAUGGGCUUUUGAUGUAGAAAUCUUGUAUAUUGCGAAUCGAUUUCACAUACCGAUCUCAGAAAUAGCUGUCAAUUGGGUCGAAAUCGAAGGAUCAAAGAUCGUACCUAUUUUUAGCUGGAUUCAAAUGGCCUUUGAUUUGUUCAUGAUAUGGUUUAGGUAUUUUAUCGGAGCAUGGGAUAUCACGUUGGUGACCAAAAAGUAAUUUCUGUGAUACAUGUUUUAUCUGUUCAAAAGUCAUCUCUCAAUUAAUUUUGUGUUUUAUCUUUUUUAAUAUUUUAUACGGUAUUGUAACUUAGUUGAUUAAUGUUUAGGCUUUUCAAAAGCGUUGUUUUUUUUCAUCUGCGUCUUUAUGAAAAUAGAAGUAUAUAUGCGAGAUGAAUGUAUGGUUGAGCAUUUAAUUGAUCUUUAAUUUAGUUACGGUAUUAUCCAAUUUUUUUUUGAAAUUUAUAAUACAUAGUUCGUACUGUAUAAAUUACCUACGAUGAAAAUAAAUUUUUUUAAUAUUUCGAA